AUGACGCCAGGGAUCAUUCGACCCAUGCCAUUCAGUGGCUUCCCUGAAGCCAAGAGAGACCUCUUCAUCAUUCAGCGAUGCCAAUUGGCUCCACAGCUCAAGUUUGAGAAUCUCUGGUGCCCACAGAUUCGCGAUCUGCUGGCGGUCAUUUUGUGCUAUCUUGUCCAACUCUCCCUCUCCGAGUGGGUAAUACAAAGACUGAGUGAAUCCGUCCAUCCAGACGCUGCAGUUCAUAUGACAAGAACAGGAGGAUGGUGUCUUAUCGCGAGUGCGUCAGUAAUCUACUUGGAUCAUAAUGUUGUCGAUGCCAACGACUCAAACUCCCAAGCCCUGCAGUCUGCAGAGACGUACGACAUCACCGUUGCUGGGUACUGA